CAUGGUUCUCGUCGAAGAAGUCAAGGAGGAUAUCAUCGAGCGCGAGUCGGACUACGAGACCGAGUCCGAGUUCAGCGACGACGAGAGCGUCGCGUCGGACGAGUUCGACCCGAACGAGACGCUCGCCGAGCGCAUCGCCGCCCUCAAGGACAUGGUGCCGCCCGAGACGCGCACCGCCGUCGCCAAGAGCGCCGACCGCGUCGUCGGGUGGGCCAAGUGGGCGACGAGCGGGACGGGCCAGCUCGCGUGGUGGGUCACGACGUCGGCGCUGCUUGUCGGCUUGCCGCUUGCGCUUGCUAUCGAGGACGAGGCGCGCAUCACCCAGCAGGAGCGCGAGAUGCAGAUGCAGAGCGCCGGACAGCAGCAGCUCAUGGGCGGUGCGCCCGCCGGCCAGCCUGCCGGCGUCCCCGCCGGCUUCUAAGCGACUCGACUCGUUGUUAGCUAUGCUGUCCUUCCCUCAAAACCGCCCCGCCAGACAGGCGCAGCGAUUGUACGAUAGCCGCAUUAUGUAUGGCAUCACCCCUCCGCGAGUAUGCACGUGUGGAUCGUUGCCUGGCAGUGGAAAGAGCAG